UUGUCAUACUCUUUCCGAUCAGAUCUUUCUCAACACCAAACAAAUAUGGCGCUGGAUACGAUGGAGCCCAAGUUUGGCAGUGUUGUUGAAAACUUCAAAAAUGAAAACGAGGGCUACAAGUGCGGUUACUGCAAAUCUAAGACAUCUAAUUAUAGCCAUGGAAUGUGGGCACAUCAAAUCACAGUGCACGAUUAUCAAGAUCUGAUUGAUCGAGGGUGGAGACGAAGCGGCUACUACUGCUAUAAGCCAACAAUGCAAAAAAUAUGCUGUCCAAUGUACACAAUCAAAUGCAAUUCCGUUGACUUCAAGCUGUCAAAGUCUCAAAAAAAAGUUAUUAAACGUAUGAACCGUUUUUUAUCGCAUGGAGAAAGAGGUAAACAGAGAGCAAUGGAUGAUUCAAACUCUUUAGACCCUCAAGAUGUGGAAGGAAAUUCAGAUUUGAUGGAAGCCCAAAUGACAUCCCAUUUUGCAACAGUUGAUAGUAAAAAGUUUGCCAAGAUCAAAUCGUCCUUCCAAGAGCUAACUGGUUCUUCUUCUGAUGAGAAUAGAAGGCAAGACUUUGCAGCUCAUGUUACAGAAUGUUCAAAUGUCAUGUCAGAGAGCAAGACUGAAAAGAAAGGACCCUUUGUUAAAGACUCCUGUUCUACAUCUUACAAGCCUGGUGCUGGGCCUGAUAAAGAAAAGCCUCCUUGCAAAAAGGCCAAACUACUACGACUAGAACGAAGAAAUCAAAAGCUAGCUAGUAAAGGUUUAUCAGUAGACCCUUCUUCAUCAGCCCCAAAACAAGAGAACUUUGCAAAAAAGCUAGAAGACUUUUUGUAUCCAGAAAUGACUCAAAGCCCAGCUCACAGACUGCAGGUCCGACUAGUGAGAUCACAGCCAGCUAGUGCAGAAUUCAAGAGCUCCUUUCAGGAGUCUUUGUGUGUUUACCGGCGUUAUCAAAUUGCCAUUCAUGGAGACCCUGAAUCAAAAUGCACUGAAUCCCAGUACAAGAGAUUCCUUGUCAAAUCACCCCUUGAGCUCAAGUUGGUGAGAGGGAACUCCGCGUCAGUAGAGCAGAUGUGGCGGCUCUUCGUCAAGUACCAGAAGGCAAUCCACAAUGAGACUGACAAAGAGUGCGACCAGGAAACUUUCCAGGAUUUCCUAGUGAAGACUCCGCUUAAGGCCUGGCGUCCAGCUGACGGGUCUGGGCCCCCCCAAGGCUAUGGGUCUUUCCACCAACAGUAUUGGUUGGAUGACAAGCUAGUUGCAGUUGGUGUUCUUGACAUUCUGCCUCGAUGUGUCUCUUCUGUGUAUUUUUACUAUGACCCUGAGUACUCUGAUCUCACAUUAGGAACAUAUGGAUCCCUGCGGGAAGUGGCUUUUGUCAGAACUUUACAAUCUAAUGCUCCAGAACUAAAGUGGUAUUACAUGGGCUUCUACAUCCAUUCCUGUCCCAAAAUGCGUUACAAGGCAAGCCUUUCUCCAUCCAUGCUUCUCUGCCCAGAGACUUACACUUGGCAUCCUAUUGAACGUUGCUUGCCUUUGCUGGAUAAGAACAAAUAUAGUCGUUUAGAGCCCAAUCCUAGUGUUAAAGACAUUGAUGCCAUAGAAAAUGUAAAUGAAGUGGUUGUUUUUCAUGAUCUCCGUCCAAUGUACUACGGGCAAUAUCGAGAUUUAGCUGGGAGCUCGUCUGAAGAUGAAGAGGUGCUUCAUUAUGCUCAGCUAGUAGGAAAGAAUUGUGCCAAGAAGAUGUUAUUGUUGAGGUAAAUUUGCUCACCUGUAACAUCUCCACCAUUUUCCAUCAGGGAAGCAAUCUUGUCAAAGUUGUGAAUUUUUACCCUUUGUCAUAAGCUUGGCUCCACUGACUGGUCGUGAUUAUUUUGGUAUUAACAUCUUUCGUUUUAAGUUUGUCAUAGAUUGCACUAAUUGUGAAUUUGGAUUGACUCUUUAUGUUUUUUACAUAACACCUCAGCUCUUUUGCUGAGAUUGUUUAUUAAGCUUUCAUUUUAAAUGCGCCAAGUAUUAGGGUGCAUUAGUGAUCAUUUUCUGUCACCCUGUAUUAAGAUCUGUCUGCCUGACAUACUCUUUGUGAUAUAUACAGGGAGAAGAACAUGGGGCCACCCCCAGUUCCUAAAGAAAGACAUUUGUUUGCUUGAGGUUUUCAUCCCAAUUUCAAUUUAUAGUAUUUUACCCUAUGUUUGUCUUUGGUUAGUCUCAUUACUUUUUGCGGUUUUGCCUCUCCUGCGUUUUGUGGUGGUUUCCACUCGAUUUUGAAGUGCAUACCUUUUUAUUUAUGAUGGGUACCUUUAGCAAACUUACACAGUUGUUAAACAGUGUUGAAACUAGUCAAGCUUUCUUUGGAUGUACAGUAUCAUUUGAUACUCUCCAUCAUUGAGAUAAGCAACGUUGUAGUUGCUUUUAUUAUGCUAAUAGCAUUUGCAAUUUUGAUGUUUUUUUUUUUUAAAUCUUUCCCGAUUUCUUCGGUAUGCUAAUUGUUACAAAUAUCUCAGAUAUUAAAAUGGUAAAUCUAUUAGCAUUUCUA